AAAUUCGUAUGUUUUGUUUGACAUAAUUAUCAAACUGAAUAUUGCAGACUACGUGACAAAUGAAAUAUGAUUCAACCUAAACCGAAAAUCAGCGAGUUGUCGGCAAUUUUAGACCCGCCGGAAAUGAACAACAGGAGGUUAGAACCAUCAGAUGUUAUUUCGGAUCAGGAGCGCAGUUGCACGAUUAUACAGCAAAGUCAGGGUCCACCUCUUCCCACAGAAUUGGAAUGCUGUAUUAGGAGUGCUGCUGACAUAUCGACCGAAGGAUGCAGCGAGGUGACAGCGCUUUUAAGCCCGCCGAAAACGAUCCGGAGCAGCCUAGAACCAUCGGACCUUAUUUCAGAUCAACAGCGCAGUUCCGCCGUCGUACAGCAGAGCCAGGACCCGCCCCUGCUCACAGAACCAGGAUUUUUUGUUGCUAGUGCCGUUGAAAUAACGAUCAAAGAAUGUAGCGAGUUAAUAUACCCUCCGGAAAUAAGCCGAAAAAGGCUAGAACCAGCGGACGUUGAUUCAGGUCAGGAGGACAGUUCCGCGAAUUUACAACAAAGUCGAAAUCCGCCUCAUUUCGCAGAUUCAGGACUUUCCAUUACAUGUGCUGUGGACAUAUCGACCGAAGAAUGCAGCAAGUUAUCGGCAGUUUUAUACCCGCGGAAAGUGAGCCAAACGAUGCUAGAACCAUCGGAGGUUAUUUCGGGCCAGGAGGGCAGUUCUGCGAUUUUGCAGCAUAUCCAAGAUCCGCCUCUACGCGCAGAAUCAGGAUCUUUCAUCGCUAGUGAUGUGGAAAUAUCUACCAACGAAGGCAUUAACAUAAUAUGUACACCCGACGCGGAAAAUUUACAUAAUGAAGGUACGGAUUAG